AGGGAAAUUUUGCCCCUUUGCGAGACAGUAUAUAAAUAAUAAAAUAUAAUGAUGAUGGAAGAAGAAGAGGAAACAAUCUUUGACCAAGAAAAUUUAUUGGCUCAUAAAGAGGGUGAGGGAAAUGAAAGAGUAGUUUGGUUGCGCAGAGUUAGGAAAACUGCUGCCCUUUCUAUGGCCUUCUUUUGUUUGGUAAGUCUCCAAGUAUUAAAUGUUCAAGUCUUAUUGAUCUACUUAAGGUACUAUCAGUCUUUUAAUACAUUUUUGUAAUUUCCUAAAAGCUUAUGUGAUAUGUUGCAGACUCUGUUAUAUCCCACCAUAUAAACAUAGAAGGUUGAUCUUGAUUUGGCCAGAUUAGUUGUAACAACUUUUUUUAAACAUUGUGAUUAUGAACAUAAACAGGAUUUUUUGAGUUUCCAACAUUGAAGCACUAUUCCUCAAUUUAAUGCUCAUCGAUAUUUUAGAGAAUGUCGUGCACAUUUUUAAAAUUUUAAAUGGCUGAUAUUUAAAUCAUUUUUAAUGAUUCACAAACUUUAACUGAAUAUUUCUUAUAUUUUUAGGGUUUGUGCCUUGCCAUUCCUGGUCCAACACUUCUAGAUCUUGGAGCCAGAGUUGGUGGUAAUACAGAGCACAUGUCAUACAUCUUCACUGCACGCUCAGUUGGUUACCUGAUAGGAUCGGUUGUUGGAGGCAUUCUCUUUGACUUCUUUGAUCAACAAAUUUUACUCUUCUACACUCUCGCAACAACCGCCUUAGCAACAGCUGGAAUCCCUUGGUGCAGCGCACUCUUGGCUCUCUCACUACUCAUUUGUAUGCAAGGUGUGGCCAUUGGGGUCCUAGAUACGGGUAAGUGUUAAUCCAUUUAAUAAAUAGAGUAAAAUUAUUGAAGAAAUAAAACAGUUAAAUUUUAAAAAAUUUAGAGUUAUAUUUAUCACUCUUUGCUUGUAGUUGACCUGAAGAAAAUGGAGUGAAUAAAAUCUUAUAUUUUAAACAUAUUUCUUGGGGAAGUGUAAUAAUUUUGUAAUCUUGGUAUUGUUUCUGUGGAGUAACAAUAUUGUGAAUAGAAAUACAGAAUUUCUGUGUGCUAUUUUCAUUUCAGGUGGCAAUGUUUAUUGCAUCAAAAUCUGGGGAAAGAAGAGUGCUCCGUACAUGCAACUCUUACAUUUCUCUUUCGGCAUUGGAGCUUUCCUGGCUCCACUGAUGGCUGGGCCUUUUAUUUUAAAUUACGAUCCAGCCUUCCUUUAUAAUCUGACACAGGGUGGAUCUCAUCCUGUCAACUUCCAUGUACCAGAUUGGUCUGAUGACAUAAGAUUUGUCAGAAAUGUGCCAGAUUUAACGGAUCUACAAACUGUUGAAAGGCAAAAAAUAGAAGUUUCUGGACGUGACAUAAAUUUUAAUAUUUUUCAGUUGAAUUUCAAACGCGCUCCAAGGGAUGCUACAAAUGAUACAGACAUACCUCCAAUGCUUGAGUUUUUCAACAAUAGUUCAGAAAGUAACGUUACUAACGUAACAUUGGAGGCAACUCUUCUACCAGUCACCACAUCUACCACUGAACGUCCACAUAAACCCACGCAUCUUAAUCCUGAAGUACUUAGUAAAGAACAUGCAGAUUCAGAGAUAAACUCUGGAAAAAUAAAAGUAUUGCUAAAGAAUAAACCCCAAAGUGAGGAUGAACAUGUUGCUGUAACAGUUUCACCGACAACACUGAUUUUAAAAACCACAAGCUUUUUGUACACCAAUAUAACUGAUGAUGGCGAGGCAGGCUUCUCUAUCAAUGAAACUGCAUCAACUUCAAAUGGAACCCAAGAAGAUCCCAGCCCAACUCGGGAAACACAGGCUACUCCUAACCCCACCCUUGCUGCUGGGGAAGCAACGAAGCUAGCAUUGGUGACAGAAUUGCCUUCAUCUAGCUUAUCAACAGGUACUUCUACGACCUCUUCGACUACAGUCACCACCACAACCACAGCCAGCACCACUGUACCGCUGACUACAUCAUCCGUCCUGAUGCCUCCUACAUCCCCAGACAAAACAGUUUCACCACAGAAUGAUCCAACGAUUACCCAAACACCAAAAUAUAAUUCUAAACCUAGUGCUGCCGUUGAUGAGGUGUUCGUGAACACAACAAAUGGAACACGGGCUGAGGACAUGCACGAAAAUAUGAUCCGUUUAUUUUAUGAAAAAAUCCAAAACGUGUCAAAGAUUCAGUUUGUUUAUUUCACGAUUGGUCUGCUUUUGGCAAUAAAUGCUGUGGCUUUUCUUGUUUUGUACUGUAAUGACCAAGGAAUCAAGUACCCCCUCUACUCUGUCUCCCAUGAAGACCUUACAAGAAAGCCACAUUCAAGAUUCUACAAGAUCACAAUUCUGGGCCUACUCUUUUUUUUCUUUCUGGCUUAUGUUGGUAUGGAGGUGACUUUUGGAGGUCUGAUAACAACUUUUGCAGUCGGAAACCCAGAAACGAAUUUCACCCCCUCUCAAGGGGCAGCGUUGGCGGCACUGUUCUGGGGAUGUCUGGCUCUGGGACGUGGCAUCUCUAUAUUCAUUGCACGCUUUUUCAAACCCCCUUGCAUGAUAGUCACCAACCUGUGUUUAACUGUCCUGGGAUCAAUUUUCCUUAGCUUCUGGAUCAGUGCCGGGCCAGGAAUGCUAUGGGCCGGAACCGUCUUGUUUGGCCUAGGGAUGUCUUCCAUAUAUCCCACAGCCAUUUCCUGGGCCAAUGAUUACUAUACCCUGACAGGAAAGGCCACAGCCGUGUUUGUCGCCGGGUCAGGAAUAGGAGAGAUGACCAUCCCCAUUCUGACCGGAUACCUCUAUGAGAAUGUCAACCGCAUGUCUCUUAUGUACAUGACUCUGGUCCUGUCUGCUGUUCUGUGUCUGCUUUACCUCAAUCUGCAGUUCGUAGCUUGCAGGAGAUCAAAGUCCGGGAACCGCAGGUCCCGGUCCGGGUUCAUGCGGCUUGAAAACUCAGAAGAAAGGGCGGAUGCCUUGGAUAUGGAUGACAUCGGCAUGACAGAUGUAGGAGUUACAGGAUUUAGUGAGAAUCUGAGGAGGAGGGAUGUCAACGGAGGUGAGGAGGACAAGCGGAAGCAGAAUGGUGGUUUUUAUGAAGACUCAGAAUUUACCAAACUUGUGGAGCUCAGUGAUUAGUCACAUUUAACACCAUAAGGUAUCAGCCGACCAUCUUGUCAAGCAGAAUAAUUUUUGUUUAAUGCAUCAGUUGUCCAUGAAUGAAAUGGUUACUUUGAAAGUAAUGUCAAGUAAACCGAUGACAUGGAAUUUAAAUAUUUGUCAUUCAUAUAAUUUUGAACAAUCCUUGUUUUUUUUAAUAUGAAGAGCAUUUGAUUCGUCUAAGAUAUUUGAUGGUAAGUGGGCACACUGGGAAUUCACAUUAGAUUUACUAAUGUUAUAGAUCAAUAGAAUGGAAAUAUCAGAAUAUGAUGGAAAUAGGAGUUGUUUGAGAUCAGUUAGGGACUUCAUAUAUUAUCAGACUGAAGUUCAAGAACUGCUGUAUUUCAUUUGUAAAUAUCCAUGGCCACAAUGAACACUAUGGAUGGUUUGUGGUGCAAACUAAUGACAGUAAAGAAUUACUCAAAUGUACAGAUUUUGUAAAUUGAAAUGUCUUUGAAAACUAUAUGUUACAUGAACCUGAAAAAUUUCUUCUAUUCAUAAAUUGUCCAAUAGUUUUGUUUUAUUCCAGUAUAGAGCUCUCAAUACUUCCUUAUAAUCUUAAUUUUUGU